AUGGACCCAACCGGAGCGAAACUUGUCAGCCUUACCGCUGUUCUUGUGGGCAAGCUUGUUUUUAACUUGCUUCCUUUAAAAUGUAUGCCUCGUCGGUCCUCAAGUGGAGACUCUGAACCCACCGGACACCCCGGUCGGACAGUGACUUUCCUCAACUGUUUCGCGGGAGGCGUUUUUCUGGGGACGUGUUUCUUGGGACUCCUGCCCGCCGUGAGGAAGAAGAUGUCGUUACUCCUGGAGGCGCGGAACUUCAACCCGGACUACCCCGUGGCGGAGUGCGUGUCGGUCAUGGGCCUGCUGCUGUCCAUCCUGGUGGAACAGGUCGUCAUGACGUGGCGCGCCUACGGACAGUCCACGGUCUUCGAGCUGAGUUUUCACGGUCAUGGCCACUCUACGGAGGAACAAUGUAUCCUCGCCAACCCUGGGAACAAGUCACCCUCGUCCCCACUGCAGAUCCAGCGCCACAGGCCAGACGGCGAGUCGUUCAGUGUCAGACCGUACGCGCUCCUUCUGGGCCUGUCCGUGCAUUCCGUGUUCGAAGGCCUGGCCAUAGGACUGCAGGACAACGUCACUCUCGUCCUGAAGAUCUUUGCCGGGAUAGAAAUUCACGAAUGCCUGGUGGCGUUCGCGUUAGGAGUGAACCUCGUCAAACACGGCAUGGCGACGAAAACAGUCAUCAAAGUAGCGAUCCUGUUCUCCACCAUGAUUCCACUGGGUAUCGUACUCGGGAUGGGUGUUCAGAGCAUCAAGAGCUUCGGGGGUGAAGUGUUGGCUGUAGUUCUGCAAGGAUUCGCUGGGGGGACCUUUUUGUACGUCACCUUCCUGGAGGUUCUCGGUCAAGAAUUCAACACCAGAGACCGCAAAGUUGCGAAAGUCUUCUUUGUAGCCACGGGGUUUCUACUGAUAUCAGUUUUGACGUAUUUCUUGAAGAACAAUAUUUGACUCUAUUUACACCAAAU